GAUCAGUCUAUAAAUUGGAGAUCAAUGUCACCAUGAGAGGACAUCUUUUCUUUGUCAAAGACCCUUAGAAAACUUUUAUUCAUCAUUUUGAUAUUAUAUUCAUUCCUCCAAAAUUAUAAACAAACAAACAAUCUAUUUCACUUGUUUCUUUCAUCGUAUGACCAAUUUCCUUACGUGUUUUAAAAAAAAGUUUAACACGAAUUCCAUUUUAUCAAACCCGAUUCUCCUAUCCACAAAGAUGAAGUUGGUAGUUUUCUUCUCGUUCUUGCUCAUGUUUUCAUUGUGUUCUUCAGGGUUGAAGGAGGACCUUGGUGUUACUCAUAUCGAUCAAUAUUCCUCAGGCAAGGUUAAAGAGAGUAUUGAGAAUCUGAUGGACUAUCCAGAACCUGGUCCCAACGAACCUGGACGACGUUAUCCUGGACGUCCACAUGGACCACAUCCUCCGCAUCUUAGGAUGAAGAAGAAGAACCCAUAAUGGAGAACAAAAUGUGUAAUAUAUAUUGAUGAUGCAACGUUUUAUAAUAUACUGGAGAAGAAAUAUAUGUAAUAUUGGUUCAAUCCAUCCUUAUAAUCAUCAAUAAAUUCUAACUA